AGUGUCAGAGGGAGUUACUGAGCUAAACGGGAAGUAUUUCGGAGAGGCAGUGAGAUAGCCACCUGUAAGCUACACACACGCACACACACACACACAUGCACCGCUUUCAGUGACAGCAGUGAACAGUGAGAGAGGUGGAGGUGAGGUUGUAACUUUAUAUAUUCCUGAUGGAGUCUGGACCUGGCAGCAGAGCGGAGGAACAGCCACCAGCACUGCCUGUCAAAAAGCACAGUAGCCGUUCUUCCAGAUGCUCCAGUGUUGGGUCUGAUUGCCUGAUGCUCAGCCCUGUUGAUCUCCAGCAUCAGAACUACACGUACAACGACGUCUUCCCUGAACCCACCGAUUGUCACGCAGCCCAGUGCCCCAUACACUACGAUCCCUCCCAACACCAGGUGAGAUUUUUCUCCGAUGGCACCCCGCCGCCUGUCCCAAAGAAGAGGUUAGUUCGCACCCUCUCCCUCCCUUGCUCCAAUCUGCCUCCACUCUCCCCUCUGUGUCCCCCGUCUCCACUGCAAAGACACCCUCAGAACUUCGACAACCCCCUCUACAUGCUGGCACCCAUACCUGACAUGCUUUUCAGAGAGGAGACAGAAGAGUUUAAACCUGUCAGUGGGAGUAACGUCUCUUUACUGCACCUCUCCCAGCUGUCCUUUGACACCCCGGAUGAACACCUGCCCUUCCUAUUCAGUAGAUUUGACGACCAGAAGGUUAUUUCUCAGGGGAUUCAGAAUCGACAUCUACUGUUUUUGAGAAGCGUGGCCCAGAGUGUGGAGGCUGGGAUCCUGCUGCAGGGAGAGGCCUCAGAGAGGAACUUGAGCUCGUACCAGCCUCAGGAUUUCCUGCUGUGUGAGGGCAGCGGCCCAAAGCAGAUCGGAGACACGCGUUUCUACAGCCUGCACAGCCCCAAGCAACCCGGGAGGACGCUUGGUUUAAGGGUACACAAACAGCCUGAUGAAGCCUCCUCAGCUCACACCAAACAUCAGCAUGUCAACGUUCAAGAUAUGAUUGCUUAUUUCCAAGCAAGCAGCGCCCUGAGGGAAGCUCCCUCUCAUCCUCUGAAGUCAGACUGCAGUGCUGCUCCACCAGCAGGUGGAGGCAGCACUGAGUGUGCCACAGUUCAUGUGAACAUUAAUCUGCCCUCUGUUCAGUCUCUCCUGCAGAAAGGACUCUCAGUGGGUGUUGAGAGAGACCUUCCUCACGCCACUCUAGAGGACUUUGUCCAGGUUAACAGCUCACUGCAGAGCACUGACUGUGAGGCCUAUGACAGACAGGUAUGUGCUCUGUUGCUGCAGAUAUUACUAGGCUCACAACAUCUGUAUGACAUCGGAGCCACAGCGGCUGAGCUCAGACCUCAGGGCAUCUUUUUAGUGUGGCCCUACAGGGAUAAUGAAGAGGGAGAAGACAAGGAUGAUUCUGAAAUGAAGAGCGGUUUCACAGAAAAAGGGAUCCAGAUGUUAUGCAGGACACACGGUUCCCCUCGUGUGGUCUUAACCCCGGUAUCAUCUGCUCCAAUACCUCACAUCUCCACCUACAUAAAAACCCAGAUUGCAGCUCUGAUUGAAUACUGCCUCCACUCACAAGAGAGCCUGGCCUCAGCCCUGUCCAAGUCCUCGUACCGCAGAGGGCUCCUCUUCCUGGGGUCUCUGCUCCACUCUGACAGCAGGGGGCCGCAGAUGGCUGACAUGGUGGCCCUGCUUCAGGUUCUCCUCUGGGGGCCACGAGCCUCCAUCUUCAAUCAAAGCGGCUCUAUGACCACCGCUGUGCACAACUGGCUGACAGUCAAGCGAGCGCUGCUGGUGAUGAAGCUGGCAGAGAGAGGGCUGAUCCAGGAUCAGUCUGCACUGAGUUGGGAGGACUGUAUGUGCCUGCAGUAUCUGUCGUUCACAGACCCGGAGACAGUCCUGAGUGUGACCAGUCAGCUGUCACUGGACGGAUCAUCGUGAAGUUAAAUCAUUAUUUUGCCCACUCUCGGGUAUUGACAGUCCAAGAUCAUUUCAAUUGUCAGUCUGUAUUAUGCAGAAUAGUCAAAAAUACACUGAGAAAGGUUUUCCAAUCCAUCCUUUAAAAAUACAAAACAUCGAUAUUCUUCAUAUACUGCUCUUCAUCUUCAUGUGACAUUGAUUUAAUAAAAUGCUGCACUUAUUUCUGCUGUAAUAUUUUAUAUUAAGUGGCCUACAUUUGUAUUUCUCAAGCAGCUUUUUACUAUAAGCGAAGGAAUUAGGUGUAUUGUAAAAAAAAUU